GUGACUUUCUAGGCGUUUCAGAGUCACAUGACCCUUGUGUCAGGGUUUGCUGUAUUGUUGUGCAACAAGCAGACGAAAUUGUACUCGUAGCUUGUAUCUAAAGAUUAAGAAAGUUUAGAGUCGCUUUAGUUUAAGAGAAAUUGGCUUAUUUUUUGAAUCGUUAAGACAUUUUGGCACAUUUCCCGCUUCUUUUGUUUUGUUCGGACGCUAACGUUAGCCGCGCUAGCUGCUAAAAGUAGCUAACUCACUCACUGCGUUCCGUCCUUUGCUGCUGUGAUUUUAGAGCCAGAACAUGACCCGCGUUGCCGCUGCUCGGUGUUUGUGUCUGGGAGUUUUCUUACCGCUGAUGCUGGCUGCUGUCCUGCAUCAGGCUCAUAGUGCUGAUCCGACACCCACUCCCCAAACCACCGCCGCACCCCACAAAGACCCGGAAAGGCCGGAGAGAGGAACAUACCAGCUCACUGAUGGCAACGGCACGGUCUGUUUGCUGGCAUACAUGGGCCUGCAGCUCAACAUCUCCUUUAACUCCGUCUCAGAGAAUAAGACCUUUCAGGAGGUUGUAAAUGUUGUGCCAAAGUCGACAAAUGUGUCCGGCUUGUGUGAUUCAAAGAAAGCUGUACUACAGCUGACCGCAGACGGACAGAUCAAAAACCUCACUUUUGUUUUCACUUUGAAUACUACGUCAAAUAAAUACCACCUGAGUGAAGUUUCUCUGAACGCAACCUGGCCUGCCAUAAAAAGCCCCUUCUUGGUGAAGAACAGCAGCCUGGAUUACCUGAGAGGAAGCCUGGGCUACUCCUACAUGUGCCGCCAGGAGCAAACUCUGACCGUGACCAAGGAGCUGUCCAUCAACACCUUUCAGGUGCAGGUGCAGCCCUUCGGUCUGACGGGGGAGCAGUUUGGAGCAGCUGAGGAGUGCCAGCUGGAUGAAGACGCCAUGCUGAUCCCCAUCGUCGUGGGAGCGGCUCUCGCCGGGCUCGUCAUCAUCGUGCUCGUGGCGUACCUCAUCGGCAGGAAAAGGAGCCACGCCGGCUACCAGACCAUCUAAGAGCGCCCGGUCCCCGAGAGCUGCUGCCCCGCCCCCAAAGUCAACCACUGUUUCCUGAACCUCAGAGCUCCACCCUCCCCGCUGCCCUCCACCCCCCUGACCUGUGUGUGUUUGCUGUUCUUUGCCUUUUUUGAGUAACACUAAUCUCCUUCUCUUUCUGAUUGUGCUUUCUGAGCAGAAACUCAUUAUUGGUACAGGAAGGCAGGUCCUGCUGUGGAUCUGAGGGUCGUCAGGCUGCGCUUUACUAUUUAUGAUUUCUAUGAAAGGGAUUGUAGGAUCUGAGUGGAACAUUCUUACGUUUUCUUGUGUUUUAGGGGGCGGCCAUUGGAAAUGGCGUCACCCAGACUGAAGACUGGUGUUGAAAAAAGGGAAGAUUUCUGCCAUUUACACUCGUUCAACGUUUGACAUUUAUUCUAAACCUCAUUAAUCCACUGGGUGGGUUUCUUUGUGGUUGCCAUGUAUUUGCCCCCCCCUUCCUGUGGGCUUUGGCGGCUGAAGUGAGAGGUGCUGCACUGAAAGUCCAGCACAUUAGGAAACGGCCAAAAUGCUCUGGUUAGUGUUUCAGUGCCUUCCUGCUGUUACAAAAAGGAGAUUGAAGCUAGGUCAAAAGAACAGGAAGCCCUUCGCUCAUCUCGCUUGCUGCCAUGAAAGGGACGCGUUCCUGCCCCAAAGAUUUGUUUACUGUCAAUGAGGAGGGAAAAAAAGCGGUGCUCCUGAUGUGGUUUGCCUCCAGCAUCUUAACAUCCUAUAGUGAUUUCAUGUUUUAGUGGUUUUAUUUGAAUUGUUGUUUUUUUAAAAGAUAAUAAAGGUUAAGGAAUGAG